AGAGACAGCAGACAACUGCACACAAGUCGAAAGCAGAAGCAAGGGAUCCAACAGAAGGUAGGAAGAUCCACAGAACUAAACCAAAACACCCCAGGAGGAGGUAGUGAUAUGCAGUUAAAGGAAUGGGUGAUAACAAGAACAGACAAAGGAUAAAUAUUGCCAGGUGGAGCAGCAAAGAAAGAGCAGACGCCCUUUGUUGGUAGACUCUAUAUCUAAGACCUAUCUCUUUUGAAUUGGUUAUUUGUUACUAAGUCUUUUUGCUGCUGAUAGAGUUUAGUAAAGAAGAGGUUAAAGCAAAACACGAAGCCUCGUCAUGUUGUAAACAUAGUUCUCCGCUCACAAGAGAUCAGAUGAACGUGGUAGGCAGGGGAGAAAUCACACAGGGCUGGAUAAAAAUAGCCCAGGAAUGGAAAGUUGUAGACUUUAAAACUUGGGGGCUAAUACAUAAUAUCAAAAAAAACAUUUUGUUUUAAACAUGUACCUGCUUGCUUACCUUUAGGCCCAGGCUUGACAAAUUAGCUUGGAAUCUAGGAGCCAGCAAAAAAACGUUAGGAGCCAGGUUUUUCAAUGUCAAAAGUACAAUUCUUAAAGGGACACUAUAGUCCCCAGAUCCACUACAGCUUAAUGUAGUUGUUCUCGUGUCUAUAAUUUGUCCCUGCACACUUUUCAAUGUAAACCCUGCCUUUUCAGAGAAAAGGCAGUAUUUACAUUGCUGCCUUGCAACACUUCUAGUGACAGUCACUCAGACAGCCUCUGGAGUGCAUCCUGGGUCAGUGCUGCACAGCAUCUACGUAUAGCAUCUCCACGCCCUGCAUCAAUGCAUCUCUAUGAGGAGCUGCUUAUUGGCGCAGCAUGGCGUUUUGCCACACAUGCGCAAUAGCCUCCCAAUGUUUUCCUAUGGGAAAGCAUUGGAUUGGCUGAGAUCAUCAAGAUUGAUGAUACCAGUCAUGGAGGCAGGGCCAGCUGCAGCGAGAUCAGUACAACGUGGGAGAAAAAGGUGAGUAAAAAACCCUUUCCCAUGUACUUGGAUGGGGACCAGUCAUCUAAACACACUCACUCAGUGACACACACACUCACUGUCACUGCACUAAUCACACACGUAUGUGACCAACCCGUCUCCCUACCUGGGUUCAGCUUUCCCUGUGGUUCAUCUCCCUGCACUGCUCCAUAGAGCGCUGUUUAGUGAUUCUGGGGACGGAAUGACGUCAUAUUCCGUCUCCUGGCAUCACUGGAGGAAGCAGAGCAGGGAGGGAGGUUACAGCUCCCCCAUGCGCCUGUCCCUCUGCCUCAAACCUCCAGGAGCCGCCCGUCCGUGCGCACACCAACCCUCUCACUCGCAAGGCGCCCGCCCACGCUUACUGAGCGGGCUGGAAGACCAACUGACCACCCACACGCACGCCCAUGCUCUUUAUGAGCCUGUCGCCCGCAACCUUGGGGACUGAAUGGGCCAGCAAAUACCAGGACAAAAAUCCUAGUUGCCACGGCGACCUGGCAUCUGGGAUUUGUUGAACCCUGCUUUAGGCCACAUAAUGGUGGCUCCCUUGUGUCUAGGCCACCACAUACAACUAAUUCUCACAUUAGGAAACUACAUAAAACAUUCACAAUUACCCCCACAUAUACAGUCAUUGGAAAAUGGAAGUACACCCUCUUUGAAUUCUAUGGUUUUACAUAUCAGGAAAUAAUAACAAUCAUCUGUUCCUUAGUAGGUCUUACAAUUAGGUAAAUAUAACCUUAGAUAAACAAGAACACAUGACACAUUACACCUAAUUUAUUUAACAAAAAUAAUACCAAAAUGGAGAAGUCAUGUGUAGGAAUUAAGGGGCUAAAUAGCAGACAUGUGCUGCUAAUCAACUACCCUUGAUUAAAGUCACCUGAACAACUUCAGCUCAAUGAGGUUAUUCAGUUGAGAACUAUAGCUCCCUGCAGCCUCUCUCAUGUAAACACUAUAUUUUCUGAGAAAAUACAGGGUUUACAUUGAAAGCUAGGAACACCUCCAGUUGCAGUCACUCAGACUGCCACCAGAGGGACUUCCGAGUUGAUGGAGGUUUAAUAUGCCUCCAUCCACUCAGAUCUGCUGUCAGCAGAGCACAGGGCAGCACUGUGCACAGCAUCCUGUGAUUCAGUAUCUCCUUCCUCUGCAUGCAGACACUGAACUUUCCUCAUAGAGAUUCAUUAAUUCAAUUUAUCUCUAUGAGGAGAUGCUGAUUGGCCAGGGCUGUGUUUGAAUCAUGCUGGCUCUGCCCCUGAUCUGCCUCUUUGUCGGUUUAAGACAAUCCUAUGGGGAAGCACUGUGAUUGGAUCAGGCUACCACAUGUCAGCAAACUGCUUUGUUUUUCUGAGUCUAACAGCAUGCAGAGUUACAGCUUCUGGCUUGAAUACAGUAAGAUUUUGACUAUAUUUAUGGAGGCAUGAGGGGCCCAGGGGAGCUAGAUGGUGGUGUUAACACUAUAGGGUCAGGGAUACAUGUAGUUGCAUUGGUGACUAUAGUGUCCCUUUAAUUAAUCAUCAGAAAGUGUUACUACCUCUAUGAAAGCCGAAGUUUUAGCAGUUUGCUGGUCUGGAGCAUUCAGGUGUGUGUGUUAACACAAUGCCAAGGAGGAAAGACAUCAGCAAUGAUCGUAGAGAAGCAAUUGUUGCUGCACAUCAAACUUGGAGAACAUGGCUUAGGUUUGCAAAGUUGCAUCUAAACAAACCGCAAUACUUCUGGAACAAUGUCCAUUGGACUAACAAGACCAAAGUGGGCAUGUUUGGUCGUAAUGCACAGUGCCACGUUUGGCACAGAAUAUCAGCACAAACACCUCAAACCAACUCUCAAGCUUGGUUGAGGGGUAAUGAUUUGGGCUUGUUUUGCAGUCACCUUCCAUUUAUUGAGACGACCAUGCACACCUCUGUAUACCAAAGUAUUCUAGAGUCAAAUGUGAGGCCAUCUGUCUGAAAGCUCAAGCUUGGACAAAAUUGGGCAAUGAAACAGGAUAAUAAUCCCAAGCACAUCAGCAUAUCUACAACAGAAUGUCUGAAAAAGAAAAGAAUCAAGGUGUUUCAAUGUCCCUGUCAAACUUCAGACCUGCACCCAAUUGAAAUGCCGGGGCAGGCCUAAGAGAGCAGUGCAUAAACAAAUGCCAGCAAACCUCAAUGAACUGAAGCAAUGUUAUAAAGAAGAGUGGGCCAAAAUGUCCCCACAAAGAUGUGAGAGGCUGAUAAAGUCAUACAGAAUAUGAUUACUUCGAGUUAUUGCUGCUAAAGGUGGUUCUACGAGCUAUUGAAUGAUAAUAUAACACAACAUAAAAACACCUCUACAGUUAGGAUUCCACUGCUACCUUUAAAAGACUUAUCUCAAUUGUAUAUAGAGCAAACAUAUAACAAGAAUACAAAAAAAGUGUUGUAUUUAUCUUGCACUGUAUUUUUACUUAAUAUUUUGGCCAAAUAAAUAUGGUACUUUUUUGCAUUCCUGUUAUAUGUUUGCUUCAUACACAACGGAGAGGAGUCUUUUAAACGUACCAGUGGGAUCCUAAAACAAGAAACCAGCUAUAACCUAUAACAGGAGUCCUGAAAGUCUGAGACAGCUUUAUAUGGCUCAGCAAUAUGUGAGAUGCCUGCUUGAGGUAUUAUUUGUAGGGUGCUGGUGUGUUAUCACUUCAUUCUCUACACAUAAGUAAAUCCUUGCCAUGGAGUAUUUUUGAAGGAUUCCGAACGCUGAAUGAUCAACCAGACAGAGGUGCUGUAUCCCAUAGAAACACCACGAGGGACAGCUGAGCUAAACUGCACUCACAUAAAGGACCACAAUCCCAUCACCUGUAGUGUAUGGCCAGUCAGGAAGAUCUUUUGAUCUCCCUACCAGCUUGUGGAGCUGCAUGGCUCUACCACAGAUCCAGAUGUCCAGGCAAAUGUCUAAUUUAGAUUACAGAAGUGCCCACCUUACCUGCAUGCCAACAGUCUAGAAUUUGAUAGUAAAACCUUAAUCCUGGACUGUUGAUGUGCCUUGAGAACUAAGUUGGGGAACACUAAUAUAUAUAUAUAUAUAUAUUUAUCCCAGAUAUAUCCAUGGCAGCAUUAGAUGGGUAUAGAUUUUCCCACUUCUAAAUUGGACAGGAACACCUCAUAAUUAAAGGAGCACUAUAGGGUCAAGAACACAAACAUAUAUUCCUGACCCUAUAGUAUUAAAACCACCAUCUAGCCACCCUAAAUAUAAUGAAAUCUUAAUUGUAUCCAAGUCUGCAGCUGCUACCUCUGCCCCUGUCUGCCUGUGAACUGCCUCUGUCUGCUGACAUCAUCAGAAGUGGUGGUCUAAGGAAUCACAAUGAUUCCCAUAGGAUUGGCUGAGACUGUCAAGGAAGCAGAGCCAAAACAAAUCAAACACAGCCCUGGACAAUCAGCAUCUAUUCAUAGAGAUGCAUUGAAUCAAUGCAUCUCUAUGAGGAAAGUUCAGUGUCUGCAUGCAGAGGGUGGAGACACGGAAAAUGCAGUGCUGCACACUAGGCAGCACAGCCCCAGGGAGCACCUCUAGCAGCCAUCCAAUGAGUGACCAGUGUUUACAUCACUAGGCUGUAAUGUAAACACUGCAUUUUCUCUGAAAAGACAGUGUUUACAGCAAAAUGUUCUACUUACCAGAACUAAUACAUUAAGCUGUAGUUGUUCUGGUGACUAUAGUGUCCCUUUAAACAAUAAGACUCCAUCCCAAUGGACUUGCAAUAAUAGCCACAUACACAACUGUAUUACCCAUGGUCCCAAUCCAAAAUGAAAUGCAAUUUGUAGAUAAGUUGUCAACACACUAAACAGCUAACUGCAUUUAUUUUCGCGUAAACUUGUAAUCUUCUACACAACUUGGCAUUUAAAAAAAAAAAAAUUCUAGACUGAAUUGUUAAGUGAAUACACCUCUGUAGCUAUGAUUUAUACCUGGAAAAUAAAAGCCCUAAAGCAAUCAAAUGAAUAACCAUUGCUUAAAUGUGUAACUAUAGGCAGAGAUCCUUAUUUUGAAUUCCUGAUGGGAAGUGGAUGCACAACAGGAUGUCUGCUUAGAUAUUUGGAAAGGAGAGUCCUCUUUUUUUGGUACAAAUGGGGAUAAUCUCAAGGAAUUCUAUUUAUGUUUUGUUAAUAUUUGACAAUAAAAAAAGAAAAUCCAAAAGCAUUUCAAUAAUGAAGACCAGCUUAAUUCUAAGAUCGCACACAGUUCACGAUGAUAACAAUUAGAAUCUUACCUCCCGAAGUCCUCCAUUCGACGUUCCACGACCGCAGAACACCGGUCAGAGCAUGGGAUCACGGGAAACGUAGUUUUUUUCUGGAAAACUUUUUGCCCAUGCGUGUGAGAUCAGAAGUGGAGGUAGCGCAUGUGCAAGAAUCGCACGGCAGCUUGGCAAGUGACUUAAUUGAUAAAAAAAAAAAAAGAGGUUUAAUUCUAGGUUCGUAUGUGGUGGUAAUUUUAGGGGUAACGCACUAAUAGUAGUCUCUUGGAGUUUAUCAGGAUAGCAAUAAAUGGGAUUCGAGUAGGGAGACAUUUAGAAUUAUUUGUAAGUGAUAGAAGACGUGAUGUCAGUGCACCUACCCCGCACUAAAUGCUUCUCCAUUUCUAUUUUCAGGAGCACAGGUCUGGUGCAGAUAGUGAAAAUAGUUGCUGUCAGCUUGUGGACUAUCAUCUACCUACCUCAAAUCACAUAUUUCGAUUUGGUAAGUCUAUGCCAUGUAAUGGUAAGGUACCUCAUUACACAUGGCAGUAUAAUAAUAGAACAUUAUUUAGAAAUAUCUUACAUUGUGUUUGAUCACUAAGCUCUGACUGAAAUCCAAAUGUAAAAAAAUAAGCUAAAAUAACCAGUAGCAAAGUUGUAGACUUUUUCCAGAUCUAUUCUUGCCUAAAUUGUCCUACCUGGAUUUCAGUUUGUUACAUUUUGUUAGUUGUCUGUUACAUGCCUGCAUUUCUGUAUUCACUAAAACCGUAUUAGGUCUCAAUAUUUGCAGUCUCCUGAUUAGUUAAUAUUAUUAUUUUAUUGUUUAUAUAGCGCCAGCAAAUUCUAUAGCGCUGUACAAUGGUUCAUGGUAACUCACUAUUUAAUUAGUAAUCCUGCUCUGAGGUUUAAAUUGUCUGGAAUUCAAAGUUAAUUUUGAGCUAAAAUAGCCAAGCUAGCUAAAAACAAUAAAAACAAUAAAAUAGGUACAUUUUGAGGCUAUCUCUCUCAGCAUACCAUAUCCCAAAUCUGGACACUGCCAUGAUGUGAUUAGCUAAUAAGCGUCUACUCACUAACACCAUGGCGAGUGGCAAAUUGUAAUCUGUCGUGUGUGUGCAGGGGGCCACUCACUGUGUGCUGGGUAUUGUUAUCCCUGGAGCAUGGUAAGUACUCUCACACUGAAUAUCUACAGUCAUUACAGGGGCUGGCCUGGGGUAGGAUUUAUUUCCAGUAACUGGCUAUAUCCCAGAUUACAUAAAACAGUGUCAGUGCCCAGUGCAGAUCACAGUGGGGAUAUAGUGAGACCAUGUCCUCUGUUGUAAACUGCUAAUCCCAUAAUGCUGAGCCACACGUCUGUGCCUUAGACUUGCUGUGACCCUCAGCCAGACAUGUCACAGGAUGGGCCCAUAGAUAAUGCAGUCCUUCCAUGAAACAUGUAUAGUGCUACAACGUUAGCCUCCAUGGAAUAUAUGUACAGCUCAUCCCUCUUCCUGGUGGGGAUUUAAAUAUCUGGAUGCCUGUUUACUUUUAUACUCAUAACAUGAAUUCAGUAGGUCUAAAGUUGUGAUGCUCAUCUAGUUAAUCCUGGGGGGGAAGGGCAGCUUAAAAUUAAACGAGUUGAGGUAAAAGCAUAUUUUAAUAAUGGUACUGGUGGACUGGUGAAAAUAUAUGCUAUUUGCUUUGAGUAAAAUCGAAAAAUAAUAAAAUACGCUAAAGUACACUUUACCCCCUCCAUGUAGGCAGGAACAUUUAGUACACCACACGACUACCCUUUAAUACCCCUCUCCUUACAGCAAGCUUUCUCAUCUGGAUCACUGGUACUAUUUAAAGGGCAUCUGUAGUGUCUAAAACUACUUUUGCUCUUUUUAAAGAACAUUAAACUCCAUCCAUGCAUUGUGCUAGAAAAGGUAUACAUUGGGAGUAAGCACCUAUAUAAAAAUAAGGUGCUGUCAAUUAUUCAGUAUAAACUCUAAGCGAAGAAUUAGUUGCUAAAGUUUUUCUGCUCUCCAACCAUAUCAACAACAACAUGCAGUGUGGUUGCUAUGGCAACUCCCUAGCUGGUGUUAUGUCACUUUAACAUAUUAGAUUUCCCUACCCCACAUCAUAUCCAGUGACGCAGAUCAGCUGUCCCCUGUGCUGCACAUGUGUGUGCUAGCACUCCUGGCAGGUAGGGAAAUCUGAUGGAGGUUGGGAGCAUGUGCAAGACCACCGCGUCAUGCCCGAUGAUGAGUCGUCAUGCCUACCGGGGUCCAAAGCCACAUUAAGGUGGCCCUGCUGGUGAGUGAGAUCUUUAAUCUCCUUACUUGCUGCACUCCAGUAGUGUAGUGUAACAGUGUAUGCCAUGUCCUGGGAGACCCUUUGAUCUCACAUGUCAGCCUCGGCCCUUAGCAAUUGAGGCACACCAGCCCUUUUGCCAAGUUUGUCCAUUGGCCAGUUUAAACAGUGAUUUAAAAAAAAAAAUUCUGCAACAUUUGGUAAAAAUAACCAUAGUCCAACCAGAUUGUGUCUUUAUUAAAGGGACUCUCCAGUGCCAGGAAAACAAACCCAUUUUAAAAACCCCUUCAGGUAGUUACCUGAAUCCAGCGCCCAUGUCCCUCGACGUGGGAGACCUAAUGCGCAUGUGUGGCAAUGGCCACCCGCGUCCAUUAGACCUCACCAUAGGUUAGCAUUAUUCAGUGCUUUCCUAUGGUGAUUCCGGCGACGCUGGAGGUCCUCAUGCAUAACGUGAGGACAUCCAGCCUAGUUUAAAGCACUUUUCGUGUUUUAAGACCCCCUGUAUGUUAGGAAGUCCCUCUACUGGCUGUCUGAUAGACAGCCACUAGAGGAGGACUUUAUAAAAACUGCAGUAAUUACACUUGCAGGGUUAAGGUAAGGGUGAUGGGAGUUGGCACACAGACCACUUCAAUGGGCAGAAGUGGUCUGGGUGCCUGGAGUGUCCCUUUAAAUAUAAGAAUUGCCAUUCCAGUCAGAAAUCAAUCAUCCCUAACAAAUCACCAAAUCAUUCGGUUUCAGCUUUAAAAUCGGUGCUUUUUGCAUCAGAAUCCUAUUUAAAGUAUUGAAUUUAGACAUUUACUGGAGCUGAUGGGAGUCGGAUGGCUCUCCUUCUUCACUGCCUGGCUGUCUCUCCUCCCGUGCGGAGUGAGCUGGGAGGAAAUGACCGGUCGUCACUCCAUCCCAGCAGUACUUUUUUUUUUUUUUUUUGUUUUGUUUUGUUUUUUUUACGGGCCCCAGUCAUGCUAUUACACGGCUGCAGCGUGGACUGGGCCCCUGAAGAUAUGGGGCCCAUCAGGUGGCCCUAAAUGCUUGGGCCCUAUUAGCACGCAGGCCCCGGUGCAGCCCCCCGGGCCGCACUAAAUCAUGUUUAAAAUGGCCACCUGGCCCAAGGAAACCCUCAGGGAGUUUUUUUUAAUCCCCCUGCUCAGCUCCUGUCCUCCUUUCUCAGAUCCUGUCCCCCUUCCUCAGCCCCCUUCCCCCUGCACCAAGUCACUGAUGUGACUCAUCGCCCUCCCACUGGGAUGGAGGCUCCUUGGAUACUCACUCCUCCAGUUACUCCACCAACCAACACAAAUGCUCUCGCUUUCAGUUACUCUUCUGGGCUGGGGGCCUGCCUGGAAAACCAACCAGGCUGCCAUCCAUACACCCUAGGGGCAACCAAUCCAAGGGGACCCUGCAGGCACAAGAUUUAGCCACUUGGAGAAGGCAAAUCUAUGGCCAUAGGGCACAAGCCCCCUUUCAAGCCAUGAGCUGUCAUUACAGGAAAAAACAGCUGGAUGGCCUACCUACCUUUUUGAAGUGUGGUAACUUGCAGAAUCUGCACAGCAUUUAGGCGGAGGGGACGCAUGAAGGUCCUAAAGAGGAACAGAACUCUCAUUCCUAGCCUAUCUGUGGCAAAAUGUGAUAUACUAUUAGGGCAUCCAGAGCUCCAGUGUGACACGCUCCUGUUUCCAGUGCUGAAAGCGGUGCCUCACUUGUUUGCCUUCUGUUCUAUUUUAUUUUUAUCUCCCCUGUGUAAUUUUCUAUCUUAACCCAGUGGUCUUACCAAUCACUCUCACUGUCAGUAUGUACAGCCUUUAGUUUUGUGCAUUCGCUCACUCUCUGGCACAUCUCAUUAUGGUUCACUAUCCUAAAAAGUGCAAUGAUGACAUUUUAUGCUAUGUUGAUGACUCUUGCAUAUAUUUACACUAUUCUACUCUUGUAUGUUUCACAAUGCAUGCAAAAAUAAAGAAUUCCAUUUUUUAAAAUAAUUUGAUUCUCUUAUUUGUCACUUUAACCAACUCUUCGUGAAUUCAAAACAUCUUACUCCACUUGAUGGAAGUUCUGUCUAUUUUAAGUGUGUUUAUUUACUAAAGUUGUAAAAACCUACUCUUGAUGUCUGCUGCUGACUUGGCUAUCCCGGUUGAAAUAUGAUGCUCUAAAUUUACUUUGAGCUUCACAACAGCAAAUAAAUAAAAUGAGUAUUAGCAAACAAAUCGUUCUUCUACAAUGUAUCUGUGACACGAAUUACCAAGGAUGUUACGUUACAUAUUGCUUCCUUUUUUUUUUUUUUUAUUAAAUAAAAAUAUUCAAAAACAAAAGUUUUAAGAUUUAUAAAUUAAGUAUAAGUUAUUUUGAAGGAAAUAGGGAAAGAUUUUAAGCAAGCAUUCCCAGGUAUUUACAGUGUAAUUAUAUCUGGAUCCUCUAUAGGAUAUUGUACUUUGGAAUAAACUUACAUUUUAGAAGAACUAUAAUGCUGAAUAUGUUUCUAAUUACAGAGUUUACUUUGCGUCAAGUUCAGACAUCCACAUGGAGCACAGCCCCUCCUUGUUGAAUACAUCAGGCUCUUUGAAAAAAAUGAUGAAAAAACACAGGGAUGUGAAGACACAAAAGAUUUUAAAUAUUACCCUAGAGAUUAUCUACCUUUUAACUGGAGAGGUGAAUAUUCUUCAUUACCACUAUUCCUGUGUUAAUUUAUUACACUCAGGGCUCACAAUUUCCACUGGGUGCUGCUGAUUGGUGGCUUACAGGAAGAUGCAAGGAUUGGCAGCAGACUUCUGAUCCUUGCCAUGCACAGGGCUGAAGGCCGCACAGAUACAGCGGGACGCCAUAUCCCAGUGGCCAACACUCUGUGCAUGGCAGAUGUCUGGAUUGUAGACUGAGUUGUCUUAUUUUAAAUGUAAGUUUUAGAUUUUGAGCUUGGUGUAUAACCCUAUAAAUGCUAUUAAUGGUGCAUAAAAUGACUGUGGACGCUUGGGAAGCAUACCAUUCAAAAGAUAAGAAAGAGCAUUGGUCAGGCUGCACACUGACUGCUGAAUAAUAAAGACAUCUGGGCAGCUACUGGUAAUUUAACACUUAAUAGCUGUGUGUGAGGUUAAGACAUGUUAAAUACAGACUGCACACCUAACACACACACACACAUUACACACAAGCAGCGCACACCCAGCAGUCGGCACAGUUAGCGUACACACUAUAACAAAGGGGGAGAAUGUGGGAGGGCAGAAGGUGAGACCCUCAGGGUAAUUCAUAAAACUCUGAGUUUUUUGUAAAAUAAAAUGAAAUGAGCAAAACUAAGGCAAAAAUAGCCAUGUGGUGACUGUAGCAGAGAUAGAGAAUUGUUCCAAAUCAGCAAUUUUUGCUUCUGUUUUCAAUUCAAAUCUAAUUUGAGAAAAUUCUGAGUUUAGCAAAUGGCCCUGCCAAUGUCCAGGGCUCUUGGCAUGGGCCCAACUCUUUGUAAUUGUACACUUAUUUUGUGUCAGGACAAGUAGAUUGGGCUACUUCUUUUGUCAACUGGACAAGUAGAGUAAAAAAAAAUGUCCACACCUGUUUGUGUAUGCAUAGAUUAUAUUCUAUGAGAGAUUUUUAUUUAAAUCUUUUUCUAAUUGGAAUAUUAGUAUUAGUACACAGUCGUAUUGGUGCUCAUAACCAUGUACUCUAAAUUAAUAGAAAAGUGUCAUGUGUGAAUUGGUUACAGAGGUAGAGGUAACUUGUGACAUUCUCCAUAUAUAGGAUUAUAUAGUUGUCAAGAAGCCUUGCAACCGUGUCAAAAACAGAGGUUCUCAUGUAUCGGAGGGAUCACCAACUCCCUUGAAAAACAGAAGCACUGAUAAGAAGAUAUUGGCAUUAACAAACAAAAUUAUUCACCUGCUGGCUGAUGUGGUGAGUACUUCUUGGGGUGUUAUUUAUAAAGUACAAAUGUCAGGACUCUGGUCUGUCGUGUUUCGGUGCUGGGGUUGUUUAUCUUACUUUCAUUCUUUUACUUGAUGCUAAUUUUGCAUUCCAAAGAGUUGCAAUGCAUCAUGGUAGGUUGCGGUGUUUGUGCUGGCUUGUGGUAAGGUGGGGAUGCAAGUUCAAACCUCCGUAAAGUGAAUGCAGAGGGGCACGUAACAUCUUUACCAGGGAAGUGAUCACGUCCUCAUCCUAUAUUGCUUUACAAAAAAAAACAAAUACCUUAUAUUACCCAUGUUGUGCACAUGUAUUAUGAUGUCUUGGUGUUCGUAUUGUCCCAACCAUCUCAUUCACUGCUUUCAGACUCCAUCUCUAUCACAUAAUGGUGUGUUUCUCUGCCAUUAAGUUCCAGCCUUAUAAUAUAAAUGUGUAGGUCUAUUUUAUUUCUGCAUUAUGGACUAAGGAUGGUGCUUUGUAUAUGUAUUAUUUUUAUUUAUUUUUUUAUUUUAUUUUUUAGCAGUGGGACUAUUUGGAAGGUCCAUGGGAUGUACUUAAUGGAAGGAUGAUGGUGAAUCAGAAAUUUACAAGCUCAUUUGGUGAGUGCUGAAUCGUUCCUAUGUACAAAAUUUGUUUAAACAGUGGUACCAAGCACCAUGACAGUUCCAGUGAUUUUGAAGUGGUCAUGGAGCCUGGAGUCUGUAUGUGCAGCUACGCAUAUAGAGAGUAAGCCCUCUGCUGCUAGAAUUGUAACUACACCUCUAGCAGUAUCAUUGGCAGUCAUUAGCUAGCCUCUGAGCCAGGUAGGAAAGCAAGAUUUCCCAUGUGCGCCAGAGGUGUAACUAGCCCCCAGCACAAACAUUCGUAGAUCACUGUAUUUGCAGCGUUUUGACCUGAAAUUCGGCACAUACAUAAUGCUGCACAUACAGACAACUAUCACCAUGACCUCUUCUGCUGUUAUAGGUUGUAGUAACCUUUUACAUAAUUUGCACCUAGGAGAGUGCGACCUCAUAAGCAAACAAACAAAACAGCUUGAAGAUAAACUUUAAUUACCAUGACGUGUUAUCAGCAGUUGUUUUGUUUUCUUCAUUUUGAAAAUUAACUUGCAGGUAAAUAGGACUUAUUUUUUGAAUUAAAUUUUUUUGUAUGUGGUGCAAUUGAAUGUGUGUGUGUGUGUGUAUAUAUAUAUAUAUAUAUAUAUAUAUAUAUAUAUAUAUGUAUGUAUGUAUGUAUGUAUGUAUGUAUGUAUGUAUAUAUAUAUAUAUAUAUGGGCUUAUAGUCAUAAAAUGUGUUGGUUACCAAAGAUAAUGCCCCUUAGCAUUUAUUCCGCUGAUUGUGUUCUCAUCUUCUUCUUGCUGCGUUUCUUGGUUUUGUUGUCUUGCACAGCCCUGAAGUGCCCAGCCAUGUCUAGAAAUGGCAAGAAGAACAUUAGCUUUUUGGGUCCCUGUUAUGGGAGCUGUUCCUUCGUAAUUCCCCAGAAAGAGGAUAAAGGAUCAGGUUUACCCCUGGGUAGAGCAGACUAGCCAAGAGUUUGCACUGGGUUACAGGGGGUCAUUCCUACCCUCAUCCUGGGGACUAAUCCUUGGUAGCUGCAACUGCUGUGUGCAGCAUUAUAAUGCUAGGGUGCCAGCACCACUUAACCAAUUCUCAGAGGGACAGAAGGGGAGGGGCAAGGGACAGGAGGGCUUUCAUGCUUGUUACAUGUCUAAAUUAGAAUGUUAAAGAAACGCUUUAAUAUUAAGAAUACAAGCCUGUAUUUCUAAUCCUAUAGUGCCCUAGUUCCUAAUUAUAUUUAGCUUGCCCCUCCCCCUGUGAGUAAUUAAUUAAAAAGAUUAAAAAAAAAAAAGGGUUUUCUUAUUCAAGACUGUUUUGCAAGUCAAUUUUGUGAAUGGGGAGUCACAGAUUUGCUGAAAGCUUCAUUUGACCACUCUCAGCCAAUCAGCGUCACCCCUGAACCGGCGGCACUCUGUUCUUCCCUUACUGGACCAACUAAACUGAAGCCCACCUACAUGAGAACGAGCUGUGGAGAGGCGGCUGCUCUCCCAGUUCUCUGGCUCACAAAGUGACAAUUGCACACAGCUGUCCCCCCCACCCCCCUACCUCUGGACCAUUCGGUGUUAUCCCGGUCCCCGCUGACCUACUCACCAUUCCUCAGCCGACCUCAUGCAGCCACUCCAACGCUUAACUGACUGGCAGCAAAAAUCCUCAAGAUGGCGGACGGGCAGCGACAUCGAGUACUCAGACCGUCGCAAUCCAUGAAAGGCUUCUCGUGGUAAAACAGAGCAAAUGUUGACAUGCCUGAAUGAGCUUUUUGACAGCUUCUGGGCAAAAAUAGAAGCCUGCUCCGCGGCAAUGCCAACACCAGCUGGAAUCACGAGAGGAGAAUAGAGCGGGGCAAGCGGACCCCCCCAGGGCACAGCCUCCCUACAAGCAAAUAAGUCUCCUAAUUCUAGCCCACCUGGGCUGCAAACGGCAAAAGUCCUUCAGGAGCUCCAGCCAUCCCUCUACAGGGAAAGAUUUGGACUCCUUGCUGAGGACCCGAGUCUGUGGGUCUGGGGCGCAGGCCUUCGCAUCAUCCUGGGUCUGGGAGGGCUCUGAUCUCGGCUCCUGCCUCAUAUCACCUCUUGUAUGCCUCCCUCUUCCAUGUAAACAUUGGUUGAUACCACCUUGGGCUGUGUGGCACGAACUAUGCAUCUAGCUACCUAACAACCCUCCCGACUGCAGUAUGCCCAAUAGCCGGUAUCUUUAGGCUGUAACUCAGAACUGAUUAAACUGCUUUUGUUUGUGUUGUGUUAGUCAUUUUCUUUGAUUUUGCACUCUACAGUUAUAGGCUUGAGUGGAGGGCCAGCGGUUAUAUCACCUUGAUCACUCCGCUUGUUAUGCAGCAUUCAUGUUAUGCCAAUGGCAUUGUUGUUACUCUCACUUAGUUAGCUACUCAAGGCAUAUAACCCUGUUUUCUCCUACUGUAAAAGUGGCCUGUAUACUCAGUGACCUUAUCUGAACAUUCAGCAUGCUCAUUAUUACAGAUCUAUGUCUUUCUUCUCACACUGUCUUGUUUUGGUCUAUAACGAAAAAGUCACAAAGGUCCUAUUGCAUAAUCUGUAUAAUCUAUGCCACAAUAAAAACAAAGAUUGACAAAAGGGGGAAAAAAAACUAACGAAAAAAAGACACUGCAACAAUGACCCCAUAUUGCAAAUAUCAGACUCUCUCAACUGCACCUCACACUCUAAAUCAAGCAUGUCAAACUCAAAGGCUAACACGGGCCAAAUAAACAAGGUUUAAAGGGACACUAUAGUCACAACAACUACAGCUUAUUGGAUUUGUUCUAGUGAGUAGAAUAAUUACCUUCAGGUUUUUUGCUGUAAACACUGUCUUUUCAGAGAAAAAGCAGUGUUUACAUUACAGCCUAGUGAUAACUUCACUGGCCACUCCUCAGAUGUCUGUUAGAGAUCCUUCCUGGGUCAUGGCUGCCUAAAAUGCAUCCAGACAUUCAGUGUCUCCUCCCUCUGCAUGCACACACUGAACUUUCCUCAUAGAGAGAUUCAUUGAUUCAAUUCAUCUCUAUGAGGAGAUGCUGAUUGGCCAGGGCUGUGUUUGAAUUGUGCUGGCUCUGCCCAUGAUCUGCCUCCUUGUCAGUCUCAGCCAAUCCUAUGUGAUUGUGAUUGGAUCAGGCCACCACUUCUGAUGAUGUCAGCAGACAGCUUGUUUUUUCUGAGGCAAACAGCAUGCAGAGUUACAGCUUCAGGCUUGAAUACAAGUAAGAUUUUACUAUUUUUAGGGAGGCAUGAGGGGGACAGGGUGGCUAGAUGGUGGUUUUAACCCUAUGGGGUCAGGAAUAUAUGUUUGUGUUCCUGACCAUAUUGUGCUCCUUUAAGUUUAUGUGGGCCGCAAAAAAAAUAAAUUUUAAGUUUUCAUAGAAACAUAGGUUUAUUUAGAAAAGUACAGUAAAAAUAAAAAAAUAAAAAAGUUGCCUAACUUACACUGGGCGUCCUCACCCUCGUAGGGCUUCAAAGUAAACAAAAGAUCGAAUUUAUUUUAACCCCUUAAGGACGCAGCUUCAAAAACUGGACAUAAGCAAUUUUUUUCAUUUUUUGCUGUUUGCGUUCAAAUGCAAUUUGCCUCUCUGUCAUUUAUUGCACCAACACAUGUUAUAUACAGUUUUUUUAGAGGGCAAAAAGGGCUUUAAUUUGAUGUGACCUAUACAUAGAUAAAUUGUAGUGGAGCACUAGUCCUAGCCCGGACUCUCCUCCGCUGGCUACUCCAACAGCUACUCAGGAACAAACAGGAUACUUCAGGUAUACAGGUAUAGAAUAAUCCACUAAUCUCCCAUCACCCUUUCUAAUAACUGGACGACACUCAGUAUUAGGAGCAGAACUCAUUUUUAAUGACCACACACUCGGCUUUUAUGCAAGUUUCCUGUGCAAGGGAGACACCCACCGAGGACCUGGUGGGGGAAAGGGUUACAGUUGAAGGAGCCAAUAAACAGACCAGUACAGUUACAGGCACUCCCAUACAGUUCAUCCCUUCCCUCCCCUCAGCUUGGGAGAUAACUAGAUUAAGUGUUAUAGCCAACUUAAUUAUAUCCAGGCUGUAUAUUUUUCCCCAUAUCUGGGAUGUACCCCAAAAACAUAUCACACUCCCACAAUUCAGACAUCCCCUGACAGCCCCGAUCUGGAGGAGCAAGAUACUAAAAAAAUCACACAGAUUGAUCGGCUCAGGGGUUCGGCAAGUCUAUGGAAGUCUUAGUUUUACUGACCGCACACAGGGCCGGCGCGUCCAUAAGGCGGCACAGGCGGCCGCCUUAGGGCGCACGGGCUCUGGGGGCGCAAUAUUUCAGUGACCGGCAGGAGGGAAGCUCUCCCUCCUGCCAGGCCACCAUCUCGACCCCCGGCGCGGCAGUGCUGUGAACAGGCGCGGCGAGGGAGCUCUAAUCUCCACCCUCUGCUCCCUCGCGCGCUGCCUGCUGAUGCCGCGGGAGCCGGAAUAUGACGCCAUCAACCCGGCUCCCGCGGCAUCAGUAGGCAGCCCGCAAGGGAGCAGAGGGUGGAGAUUAGAGCUCCCUCGCCGCGCCUGUUCACAGCACUGCCGCACGCCUCCCAGCAGCCCCAGGGACCGAUCCAUAAUCCACACCAGCUCUCCAGGUAGAGAGGCUGGGUGGAAAAUAUGUAUUUAUAAAAUAAUUAGUGAAUGCAUGUGAUGUGUGUCUGUGAGUGACUGUGUGUGUGUGUGUCUGUGAGUGACUGUGUGUGUGUGUCUGUGAGUGACAGUGUGUGUGUCUGUGAGUGACAGUGUGUGUCUGUGUGUGACAGUGUGUGUGUCUGUGAGUGACAGUGUGUGUCUGUGUGUGUGUGUGUGUCUGUGAGUGACAGUGUGUGUGUGUGUCUGUGAGUGACAGUGUGUGUCUGUGAGUGACAGUGUGUGUGUCUGAGUGACAGUGUGUGUGUCUGUGAGUGACAGUGUGUGUCUGUGUGUGUGUGUCUGUGAGUGACAGUGUGUGUGUCUGUGAGUGAUUGUAUGAGUGUGUGUGCGAGUGUAUGAGUGUGUCUGUCUGUCAAAUCAGUGAGAGUAUGUUUGUCAUUGAGUCUGUGUGUGACUAUCAGUGUGUCUGUCAAUGAGUGUCAAUCAGUGUGGGUCUGUCAGUGUCAAUGAAUGAGUGUGUGUCAGAUCAAUGAGUCUGUGUCUGUCAGUGACGUCUGUGUGUUUGUCAUUGAGUGUGUGACUGUCAGUGUGUAUAGAGUGUAGCGGAGCAGAGCGCGGUACAGGAACUUCUGUUUCCUGUACCUGGCCAGACUGACAGGAGGUGCUCACAGAGAGAGCACUCCCUGUCAGUCCAGCCGGGUACAGAAAACUGAAGCUCCUUUAGGGGAUCUGCUCCACUCGGCAAUGCAACAAUAGAGGUAGGAGGCACACCAGGAAGGGGAGUGUGACCACUAAAGGGGUGUGGGGUGCACCAAGGGACAGGGAGGGAAUGGGAGAGAAACACCAAGAGACAGGGAAAAGAGGGGGGAGGGGAGAAGAACACUAAGGGACAGGGAAGGGAAGGGACUACUAAUGGUCAGGGAGGGGAGAGGGGCUGGUUAAGAGGCACAUAGGUGAAGAUGUUUUUUUUUCGGGGGGAGUGCGGGGGGGGCGGAAAAAGGCAUCUUCGCCUAUGUACCUAAAAAUCCAAGCACCGGCCCUGACCGCACACGAGGUGUAUGCCUAAAAUAGUUCCGUGCGACUGGGCUGUGCGGUCGGUCUACUUUCAAGAGUCUGAAUUACACGAAAUUGCAUAUAAAGAUGGUUCGUGCCUUAGUUCGUUGAAAUCAUCUCGUUCGUGUGGUUCUUUUCAUCGAAUGCUGCUGUAUUCCCAUGAGUUUACACAAACUUAUACGAGGAUGGAAGUCUCAGCGGUGUUCGUGCCAUCGAGUGUCCGAUUUGGGUUCCAGACAGUUCGCAUUCCAAGAUGGCGGCUGCCACGUGUUCGCGUAUAUGUAAGACGGCCACCCAGGGGAUCACCCAGUUGGUUUAUGUGUUUUGUAGUUAAGAAAGUGUGAACAUGGUUAGAAAGGUCAGUUGGUGCCACGCUCCUCUCAUGGGUGGUCUGGUUGUUCGGUACUUCGUUUGUCGAACUAUAUUUGGAAAGUCAGCUGAAAUAGGGAUAAUACCGAACAACCAGACGAAAAGACAAAAUGUAAUCCUGUUUUACUUGUUUCCCCAAGUAACAAGCGGUAACAACAUAGGAAAUUAUAGGCACACAAGGGGUAUGCACAGCCCCUAGUACAAAGAUGGGUACUGUGGAAAGCCCAUUCCUCUACAUAAAUUCUCAUUAAUUUAAAAAAAAUUCCCCCUCCCCCACAGUUUUGGCAAUAAUAGCGUGUGCAUAAUAUGUGCAGCUUAAAAAAAGUAAUUCAAAAUAAAUUUGUGUCUUGAUUUAUAGAGUACAUAAUAUAUUUAGGAUUUCCGCUUAUUUUGAACGUUAGAGGUCACAAAAUAAAAGGAUUAAAAUAAAAUUUCAAUGUGAAAGAAUUUUAGAAGUUGGUAUGUUUGUCAAAAAAUAAAAAAGCAAGUAUAACUCCAAAGAUUGGUUAGCCCUCUCAGCUGUACCAUUAGUCUGGGGGUGGUAAGAGGAUGAAAAAAUCCCCAAUUGCUUAUUGAAAGCCCUCCAAAACUGGGAUACAAACUGAGAACCUCUAUCAGAUACAAUAUUGUGAUGAAUGCCAUGCAGAUGGACAAUCUGACGUAUAAAGAUCAGUACCAGGUCUUGAGAUGACGGUAAUUUCUUGAGAGGGAUGAAUUGAGCCAUUUUAGAAAAAUGGUCAACAACCAUGAGAAUAGUGGUAUAAGCAUUAGAACUAGGAAGUUCUACAAUGAAAUCCAUAGACAAGUGGGACCAUGGGACCUCAGGAACGGGAAGAGGUUGUAACAAGCCACAAGGGAGUUUAUGAGGUACUUUGGAAACUGCACAAACAGAACAAGCCUGCACAUACUCUUUAACAUGCUUUCUGAGGGAAUCCCACCAGAAUUACCUCAUGAUAGCAGAAGUGGAUUUAUUGAUACCUGGGUGACCAGCAGACACAUUGUCGUGAAACACCUUCAUGAUAUUAACCCUUUCCCCCAAUGGAACGAACAAUUUGUCCUGAGGUUUACCACAGGGCACCUGAGACUGAGCCUCCAUGAUGGAGCCAAGCAGUGGAGAGGACAAUGAAAGGAUAGUGGAAGCAAUGAUACAUUCCGGGGGAAUGAUAUGGGACUUUUCUUGCUCUUGUAUAGACUCAGUAUCAAACUGUCUGGAUAAGGCGUCAGCCUUGACAUUUUUAGAACCAGGUCUAUAAGUAAUAAGAAAAUUAAAGUGAGAAAGGAACAGAGACCACCUAGCUUAUCUAGAAGACAAUCAUUUAGCAUCUCCUAUGGAAGCCAGGUUUUUGUGAUCAGUAAUGAUCAAAAGGGGGUCCUUGGAACCCUCUAAAAGAUGUUGCCACUCCUUGAGAGCUAGAAUAAUGGCCAACAAUUCCCUAUUGCCAAUAUCAUAAUUGCACUCGGCAGGCGACAACUUUCUAGAGAAGUAACCACAAGGAUGCAAUGGAGUAUCCUGGCUCUCCCUCUGGGAGAGAACUGCCCCUACCCCUGUCUCUGAUGCAUCAACUUCUAGUAUGAAAGGUUUACUGUUGUCAGGAUGUAUCAAUAUGUCGGCAGAGGCAAACCGCUGUUUGAGAGUUUCAAAGGCUUCUAUAGCCUCCUUAGACCAUAUCGUACUGCUAACUCCCUUGCGUGUCAUAUUGGUGAUGGGGGCUAUCACUGAAGAAAAUCCCUUUAUAAACCUUCUGUAAUAAUUGGCAAAACCAAUGAACCUUUGAAUGGCUUUCAACCCAGUGGGUAAAGGCCAUUGUAGAACUGAUUCCAGUUUUUUAGGAUCCAUCUGAAACCCCGAGGCAGAGAUAUUAUAUCCCAAAAACUGUACUUCAGAUUGGUCAAAGAUGCAUUUUUCUAAUUUACAAUAAAGUUGAUUCUUUAACAAGGUCUGCAGAACUUGUCUAACGUGAUCAUGGUGAGUUUGAAUGUCAGGAGAAUAAAUAAGGAUAUCAUCCAGAUAGACCAAGACAAAUGAGUAAAUGUAAUCCCUGAGUACAUCAUUUAUAAAAUCUUGGAAAACCUCUGGAGCAUUGCACAACCCGAAUGGCAUCACUAGAUAUUCAUAGUGUCCACUUCUGGUAUUAAAUGCAGUCUUCCACUCGUGGUUUUCCUUGAUUCUCACUAAAUUGUAAACACUUCUAAUAUCAAGCUUAGUAAAUACUUUAGCACCUUGGAGUCUAUCAAAUAAUUCAGAAAUAAGAGGAAUGGGGUAGGCGUUCUUAAUGGUGAUUUUGUUCAAUGCCCUGUAAUCGAUACAUGGGCGCAACUCACCGUUCUUUUUAGAUACAAAAAAGAAUCCUGCCCCAGCAGGUGAGGAUGAUUUUCGUAUGUGGCCUUUAUUCAAUGAAUCCUUAAUAUAUUCCUCCAUUACUCUAGUCUCCUGAGGUGACAGAGCAUAGACUGCUCCCUUAGGUGGCAUAGCGCCAGGUAGUAAAUUAAUAGAACAGUCAUAAGGUCUGUGAGGAGGUAGAGUAUUCGACUGAGUUUUGCUGAAUACUUUUUUAAUGUCUUGGUACUGUAUAGGGAUUUCCGGGUGUUGAGGUGUACUAGUGGUUAAUCCAAUAGUGCCCACUCUUUUGACAAGAUUCAAUAUACACCUUUCAUAACAAUCCUUACCCCCAUUCUAAUAUUUCCCCAUUAGCCCAGUCAAUAUGAGGGUUAUGCUUGUUAAGCCAUGGAAAGCCUAAUAUGAUCGGACAGGAAGGGGAUGCAAUAACCUGAAAUGUAAUCUCUUCCUUAUGUAAGGCACCAAUGGACACAUUAAUGGGUAAGGUUUCAUGUGUAAUCAGUGGUUGUGAGAGUGGUCUCCCAUCAAUAACUUCAACAGCUAGGGGUGAUAGUCUCUCCUUGAUAGGUAUAGUGUUACCUUUAACAAAUUGAACGUCAAUGAAGUUUCCAGCGGCACCUGAAUCCAUCAGGGCUUUGCAUGAAAAGUUCUUAUUUUCAAAGGCAAUAGUAAUAUCAAGGAGAAACCUAUUUUUAUCCAUUCCAGAGGACGUUUCCAUUACACCUAAGACCUGUCCCCUUAAGGUACGGUAGUUUUCCGGACGUAUGGGACAAUUGUUUCUCAUAUGUCCUUUUCUACUGCAGUAUAGACAUAGGCCUUCUUUUCUCCUAUAUUGUCUUUCUGCUUCCGACAGUCUAGUGACCCCCAACUCCAUGGGUUCAGGUUCGGACUGUACAGGAAAUUCAGGGACAAUAGGUUUGGAGAAGUGGGGUGCUAAAGGCAUAUUCAUGUGUCUGGUCUUGUUUCUAGUAGCUUCUCUGGUUCUCAAUCUAUUAUCAAUUUGCAUGACAAAAGUGAUAAAUUCAUUAAGCUUUUUGGGUAAGACUUUGGCGGCAAUCUCAUCUAGCAUAGUUUCAGAUAGUCCCUUUUUAAAUGCAGAGAUUAACCCACUAUUAGUCCAGUCUACCUCGGAAGCUAGGGUACGAAAUUCUAUGGCAUACUCCGAGAUAGACUGGUUCCCUUGUCUGAUAUGCAUCAGGGCAGUAGAGCCGUCUUCCUCCCUGCCUAAUGGUUCAAACAGAAGUUUAAAUUCUGUAAUAAACUCUUGGUAAUUGUGUGCCACACUCCUAUUACUCUCCCAUAAUGGAUUGGCCCAAGCUAAAGCUUUACCUUUUAGUUGAUUCAUCAGGUAACCAAUUUUAGCUCUGUCUGUGGGAAAAGAUCCCAGUGAGGUCUCAAAAUGAUACUCUGUUUGGUUAAGGAAUCCCCGGCAUUCUUGGAAAUUACCAUCAAAAAAAUGCAGAGGAGGAGAUAGAGAGAUAGUUGGUACCUUGUAUACUAUAGGCGGAGGUACACAAGGCAGAGGUGACACAGUAGGAGCAGCCACAGGUUGCAGAUGUGCUGUACGAGUGAGAAGCGUACUGAAAGCCUGGGCAAAUUGAUCCAAGCAUUAUCCUCCAGUUUCCUUUGGCAAGCAGCUAUGUGCUUACACAAUUCUACAGGAUCUAUGGCCAUGUCGUAAUGUCAGGAUUACAGAAUGAUCCAGCACGUAGAACUGUGUAACACAGAGGACUGAUAGGUAGCAUUAUGCGGACCUUAGAAUGGCGGACUAGCAUUUAUAAAGAAUAGUCAGGGAAUGGCUGAGGUCCAGGGAAACAGAAAGACACAGCAGUAGGCGUACAUACCAGGGUCGCUUGGGGGUCCGCGGCUGCGACCGGGCCCGGCCCACCAGGGGGCCCGGCCGCCCCUGCGACCCGGUAUGUACACACAGGGCCAGCCUCUUCCCCUGGGGGGCCCAGGAGCCGGUCACCCCAGGGCCCCCCGAGGCUGGCCCUGCUGACACCGGGCGGGUGGCCGGUCAGGCAGGCGGGCGCGUGAGGGAGCACUCAGUGCUUCCUCUUCAGCUCCCUCGCGCUGCUGAUGCUAUAGUGAUCUUCCGGGCCGGAAGAUGGCGUCAUCUUCGGCUCGGCAUCCCCACCUUUCUUGUGAGAAUGAAGGAAGCACUGAGUGCUCCCUGUGGCAGCCGCCUACUGGCCGACCAGCCAGCCCACAGUGACCUGCCGCCCAGGAAUCCCCCAGCACUCCAAAGGUAAGGAGGCUGGGGGAUUAAACACAAACAAAAACUAGUGUUAGUGUUUUGAGUGUGUGUAGGUGUUAGAGUGAGUAGGUGAGUGUUAGUGUGAGUGUUAGUGUGUGUGUCUGCUGGUGAGUGUUAGUGUGAGUGUUAGUGUGUGUGUCUGCUAGUGAGUGUCAGUGAGUGUGUUACUGUAUGUAUCACUGUGUGUGUCUUACUGAGUGUGUGUGUUAGUGAGUCUGUUUGAUGUCUGUUAGUGAGUGUGUGUUUGUCAAUGAGAGUGUAUGUUUUGUAGGUGAGUGUGUAUGUAUGUCUGUCGCUGACUGUGUCUCUGUCAGUAAAUGUGUGUGUCUGUUAGCUAGUGUGUAUGCGUCUGUAAGUGUGUGUGUGUGUCUUCAGCACUUACCUUUCUCCAGCGCCGGACUCCCAUGGCGCUGAGGAUCCCUCAGCCUCUCAGCUCAGAAUGCGACCACGCACGCAUUCAAACCACCCAUAGGAAAGCAUUACUCAAUGCUUUCCUAUGGACGUUCAGUGUGCUCCUCUAGCGGCUGUCAGUGAGACAGCCACUAGAGGCUGGAUUAAACCUCAGUGAAACAUAGCAGUUUCUCUGAAACUGCUAUGUUUUCAGCUGCAGGGUUAAAACUAGAGGGACAUGACACCCAGACAACUUCAUUGAGCUGAUGUGAUCUGGGUGUCUGUAGUGGUCCUUUAAAGGACCACUAUAGUGCCAAGGAAAACAUACUCGUUUUCCUGGCACUAUAGUACCUGAGGUGCCCCCACCUCAGGGGGCCCCCCUCCACCCAGCUCUGGAGAGGGAAGGGGGUAAAAACUUACCUUUUCCAGCGCUGGGCGGAGAGCUUUCCUCCUCUGAUCCUCCUCUUCUCCUCCCCGUCGGCUGUAUGCGCACGUGCGGCAAGAGCUGCGCGCGCAUUCAGCCGGUCACAUAGGAAAGCAUUCAUAAUGCUUUCCUAUGGACGCUGGCGUGCUCUCACUGUGAAAAUCACAGUGAGAAGCACGCAAGCGCCUCUAGCGGCUGUCAAUGAGACAGCCACUAGAGGAUUAGGGGAAGGCUUAACCCAUUCAUAAACAUAGCAGUUUCUCUGAAACUGCUAUGUUUAUGAAAAAAUGGGUUAACCCUAGCUGGACCUGGCACCCAGACCACUUCAUUAAGCUGAAGUGGUCUGGGUGCCUAGAGUGGUCCUUUAAGUGUGUGUGCAUCUGCAUGCACUGGCGUACAUACCGCGGUCGCAGGGGUCGCAGCCCUGUAACCCCUGUGACCAGGUGCCCACCGCCAUGUGUUGCGGCCCGGCCCGCGAGCGGGGGGGGGGGCCCACGGAUCAAUUUUCGCACUGGGGCCCCAUGGGUCAUGUGUACGCCACUGGACACAACGAUAAGGAAAAUACCCCUCCUCUAGGUCUGAUAAGCUUUAACCGGCCUUUGACCCCAAAGGCAGUUACUAGAUCUCAUUUGCAUAAUUGCUGCUCAGCAUUAACCCUUCUGUGGAUUUGGUUGUUGCUCGGCACAACUUUUCCUGUGUGGACAGUAAAUGUCAUUAACCACAUUUUUGUAAGCGGAUGAAUAUGUGACACUGAGGUGCCGUGUUUUCAAACUAAAGAGAUUUAACUUUUUUUAACCUUUCUUCGUAACUAAAAUCCUCCAUUCCUUUUAUCAAUUUUGUAGCUCGUCUCUGCACUUUUUCUAGUGCCAGAACUGGUGCCAAAAAUUGCACAGCAUAUUCAAUGUGUAGUCUUACCAGCGAUUUAUAAAGAGGUAAAAUUAUAUUUUCAUCCUGAGAAUUUAUGCCCCUAUUUAUGCAUGACAAAAUCUUACUGGCCUUAGCAACUGCAGAUUGACAUUGCAUAUUGCUGCCUAAUUUGUUGUCUAUAACAAUUCCCAAAUCCUUCUCAUGUGUUGUUAUCCCUAAUUCAGUACCAUCUAGGGUGUAAGUUGUUUGUGCAUUCUUGACCCUGAAGUGUAUAACUUUGCAUUUCUCUACAUUAAAUUUCAUCUGCAAUUUCAGUGCCCAGUCCCCCAAUCUAUCUAAAUCCCUCUGCAGCAUAGCAAUAUCUUGCUAACAUUUUAUUACUUUACAUAUUUUACUGCGAACACUAAAAUAUGGCUUUCAAUGCCUAUUUCAAGAUCAUUUAUAAAUAUGUUAAAAAGAAACAGUCACAAAACAGAACCCUUAGGGGGACACCACUACCACUGUUGUAAAUCUUGAAAAUGUACCCUUAAUGAGAACUCGUUGUACUCUAUCCUUGAGCCAAUGUUCUACCCAAGAACAAAAAUAUUAAUCUAGACCAAUUUCUUUUAGUUUAAAGAACAACCUAUUGUGAGGAACCGUAUCAAAUGCCUUGGCAAAAUCCAAGAAGAUCGCAUUCACUGCAACACCCUGAUCUAUACUUCUACUUACUUCUUCAUAUAAUGCAAUUCGGUUAGUUUGACAGGACUAUGUUUCAUAAAACCAUGCUGAUUAUUGCUAAUAACAAAGUUCUUCCUAAUGAAUUCCUGAAUAUUAUCCCUUAACCCCUUAAGGACGCAUUCCAUCAUGCUGGGGAAGCACUUAACAACGCCAUGCGCUACAAUUAACCCCAGAUCGCCGCUGUUGCUGGAUGUGAAGAAAGUAUCCCUGUUAUUUUGGUACUUUCAUUUUUCCCUGUUCGGGAGAUAAAACUACCGAACACUGACCACCCCCUGGCUCAUACACUUCAAAGCAAACAGCCAAUUUACUGUUCUCUCUGUGUGUCCACCGUUCGUAUAGUCUAACGCCACGUGCAAGAGAAUAUGGCGGCCAUCUUGUUCACACAAAUGGAGGCAGCGAUACUUGGUCGUUGAGUGCCUGGAACCAAAAUCGGACACUCGACUUCCCGUACGCCCGUCAACUACACGAACGCCUGCUUCCUUUCACAGACCAGCCAGAAAAGUGCUAUUCGGUAGAUUUGUUUCCAUGAACUAGGUAUCAGAAUUACAAGUUGAUCCAGCACGCAGAACUGUGUCCACCUAGGACUAAGGAUAAUGUAUAACCGGAUCUUAGAAUGGCCAGACUUGACGUAUCCAAGAAUAGUCAAAAUACUUGCCACAGUCAGGAACGCAGAAUCAGACACAACGAUGAGGGAAAGCCAAAAGUCAAGGAUACCAGAAUUCAGAGAAGUCAAAACAAAGCCAAAGUCAAAUCCGAACGCACUCUCGGAUUACCAUCGGGAUAAAACCACGACAAGGCAAUGAGCAAAAGGAGAAUUGGGUUUAAAUACCCCUCCUGUGGGACUUAAACAGGCUUGUAACCCGCCUUUGACCCCAAAAGCAAUUACCAUGUUUCCAUGUACAUGAUUGCUGCUCAGCACAACUUUUCCUGUCAGGACGGUAAAUGCCAUUAACCACAUUUUUUAUGUGCAGAUGAGUACGUGACAUUACCCCAGGCAGGCAGGACCAGGUUUAAGAGGAAACUUGGCAUGCAAAGAACACAUUUUACGUCCAGCAUGGAUAUCAGAAGCCAAAACCCAAGAACUGUCAGCAGGCUCAUACCCCCUCCUAUCAACCAAAUACUGUAGGGAACCAUGAGAAAACCUAGAAUCAAUGAUGGAGGAGACUUCAUACUCCUCCUGUCCAAAAACAACCAAAGGGGGGGGGGGAACAACCAGACUUGUGUAUUGAUUGCAAACAUGCGGUUUAGCAAGGACACAUGAAAAGUAUUAGGUAUACGUAAGGACGCUGGAAGGGCCAGAGAAUAAGAAACAGGGUUGAUUCUCCUAACCACACAAAAAGGACCAAGGAACCUCGGAGCAAACUUCAUGCUGGGAACCUUCAACCUGAUGUUGCUUGAGGAUUACCAAACCCGAUCACCCACCUGGUAAACUGGAUUGGCACUCCGCCGUUUAUCUGCAUGAAAUUUAAAGAGAGCAGCCGCAAUUUCAAGAGCGGAGUGAACCUUAGUCCAGGUAUCACAAAUAGAGGUAAGGUGAUCAUCCAGAGUAGGGAUAGCCGUAUCGGAAAACACAGCAGGGAGAACAGCAGGAUGAUGACCCGUAUUGACAAAAAAUGGACUAUGCCCAGGUGAGUCAUGGGUAGCGUUAUUCCUUGCAAAUUCAGCCCAGGGCAAUAAUUCAGCCCAGUUAGACUGUGUACUAUUCACGAAGCAACGUAAAUACAGCACAAGUGAUUGGUUAGCUCUUUCAGCUGUACCAUUAGUUUGGGGAUGGUAAGCAGAGGAAAAUGACAAUUCAAUGCCCAACUGUUUAUUGAAUGCCCUCCAGAACCGUGACACAAGUUGGGAACCCCUGUCAGACACAAUAUUUUGAGGAAUUCCAUGUAGCCUGACAAUUUCGCUUAUAAAUAUGUGCACCAGGUCCUGAGACGAUGGCAAUUUUUUAAGUAGAGUAAAGUGUGCCAUUUUGGAAAAACAGUCAACUACCAUGAGGAUGGUUGUAUACCCAUUGGAACUAGGCAGUUCAACAAUGAAAUCCAUCGAUAAGUGAGACCAUGGGAUACUAGGUAUAGGAAAUGGCUGUAACAAUCCACACAGAAGUUUAUGAGGAAUCUUCGAAACUGCACAGGCAGAGCUGGCUGUCUCUUGUUCUAGAUCCGAUUCAACGUCAAAUUGCCUAGACAAGGCGUCUGCUUUAACGUUCUUAGAACCGGUCUGUAGGUGAUAAUGAAGUUAAAGCGAGACAAAAAUAAUGACCAUCUACCUUGUCUAGAAGACCGUUGUUUGGCACCCCCAAUAUAUGCCAGGUUCUUGUGAUCAGUAAUAAUCAGAAUGGGAUCCUUGGAACCCUCCAAAAUAUGUUGCCAUUCCUUAAGCGCUAAUAUGAUGACUAACAGUUCUCUAUUACCAGUGUCAUAGUUAUGCUCAGCAGGAGACAACUUUCUGGAGAAGUAACCACAAGGAUGCAAAGGGGCAUCCUGACUCUCUCUCUCUCUCUCUGAGAAAGAACAGCCCUGACCCCUGUUUCGGAGGCGUCAACCUCAAGUAGGAAAGAUUUCCUAGUGUCAGGAUGUCUUAAUAUGUCAGCAGAUGCGAACAUUUGUUUAAGAAGCUCAACAGCCUCUUUAGCUUCUUUAGGCCAUAUAGUACAUUUAGCCCUCUUGCGUGUCAUAUUGGUGAUGGGGGCUAUUACCGAAGAGAAACCUUUGAUGAAUCUCCUAUAGUAGUUAGAAAAACCAAUAAACCUUUGGAUGGCUUUUAACCCAUUGGGUAACGGCAAGUGUAGAAUGGCCUCUAGUUCAUUUGGAAACCAGAGGCAGAAAUAAUAUACCCCAAAAACUGAACCUCAUGCUGAUCAAAAAUGCAUUUCUCAAGUUUACAAUGAAGUCCAUUAUCAAGCAAUGUUUGUAAUACUUGUUUAACAUGUUCAUGAUGAGUCUGGAGGUCUGGAGAAUAAAUAAGGAUAUCAUCCAGGUAAACUAGAACAAAUGAAUAGACAUAGUCCCUGAAUACAUCGUUGAUAAAAUCCUGAAACACCCCCGGAGCAUUGCAUAAUCCGAAGGGCAUGACAAGGUAUUCAUAGUGCCCACUCCUAGUGUUAACUGCUGUCUUCCAUUCGUGAUCCUCCCUAAUGCUCACCAAAUUGUAUGCACUCCUAAGGUCAAGUUUGGUAAAGAUCUUGGCAUCCCUGGAGUCUAUCAAACAAUUUGGAUAUAAGGGGAAUGGGAUAGGCAUUCUUUAUAGGAAUCUUGUUUAAUGCUCUGUAGUCAAUGCAAGGAUGUAACUCUCCAUCUUUUUUAGCUACAAAAAAGAUUCCUGCACCAGCAGGCAAGGAUGAUUUACGUAUAUGGCCUUUUCUUAACGAUUCUUUGAUGUACUCAUCCAUGUUUUUAUUUUCUUGUGGGGAUAGGGCAUAUACUGCCCCCUUAUAGCCCGGGCAACAGAUCAAUGGAGCAAUCGUAUGACGUGUGGAGGAAGAACAUCGGUCUGGCUUUUACUAAAUGCCUCCCUAACCUCCCAAUACUGUACGGGAAUUUCAGGGGUCAGAGACGUAGCAGCGGGUAAAGUAACAAUGCCCACUUUUUUAGUAAUGUGAAAUGUGCAAUUUUCCUGACAGUCUUUACCCCAUUCCAGUAUUUCCCCUUUUAGUCCAGUCAAUAUGAGGGUUAUGCUUGAUGAGCCAAGGGAAACCUAAUACGAUGGGACAAGAAGGGGAAGCGAUUAUCUGGAAGGUAAUCUUAGUUAUGCAAAGCUCCUAUCGUAAUGCAAAUAGGCAAGGUCUAAUGGGUUAUCAAUGGUUGAGAUAGAGGUCUCCCAUCAAUAGCCUCAACCACUAGAGGUGAUGAUCUCUCCUUGACUGGUAUAGUGUGUUUCUUAACAAAAUAUAAAUCAAUAAAGUUACCAGCCGCACCUGAGUCAACCAGGGCUUUGCAUGAAAACAUAGAAACAUAGAAUGUGACGGCAGAUAAGAAUCAUUCGGCCCAUUUAGUCUGCCCAAUUUUCUAAAUACUUUCAUUAGUCCCUGGCCUUAUGUUAUAGUUGGGAUAGCCUUAUGCCUAUCCCACGCAUGCUUAACCCCUUAAGGACCAAACUUCUGGAAUAAAUGUGAAUCAAGACAUGUCACACAUGUCAUGUGUCCUUAAGGGGUUAAACUCCUUUACUGUGUUCACCUCGACCACUUCAGCUGUAAGGCUAUUCCAUGCAUCCACUACCCUCUCAGUAAAGUAAUACUUCUUGAUAUUAUUUUUAAACCUUUGCCCCUCUAAUGUAAGACUACGUCCUCUUGUUGUCGUAGUUUUUCUUCUUUUAAAUACAGUCGCCUCCUUUACUGUGUUGAUUCCCUUAAAUGUUUCUAUCAUAUCCCCCCUGUCUCGUCUUUCCUCCAAGCUAUACAUGUUAAGUUCCUUUAACCUUUCUUUGUAAGUUUAACUUAACGUAUCCAAGAAUAGUCAAUAUACUUGCCGAGGUCAGGAACACAGAAUCAGACACAACGAUGAGGGAAAGCCAAAAGUCAAGGAUACCAGAAUUCAGGGAAGUCAAAACAAAGCCAAAUACCAUAAAAUCAAGAUCAGGAACACACUCUCGAAUUAGCAUCAGGAUGAAACCACGACAGGAUAAUAAGCAAAAGGAGAAUUGGGUUUAAAUACCCAUCCUGUGGAUCCAAUUGACUGUAAUUGGCCUUUGACCCCAAAAGCAAUUACCAGGUUUCCAUGUGCAUGAUUGCUGCUCAGCACAAACCCUCCUGUGGAUCUGACUGGCCAUGACCGGUGUUUGACCCCAAAAGCAAUUACCAUGUUUCCAUGUGCAUGAUUGCUGCUCGGCACAACUUUUCGUGUCAGGACGGUAAUGCUGCUCGGCACAACUUUUCCUGUCAGGAUGGUAAAUGCCAUUAACCACGUUGUGCGGAUGAAUACGUGACAGUAGGGAACACACGCUACCUACGAGCCAGGGGAACCGUUCAUGGAUUUAUUUGUUUUUUUGUACUUUUCGAAAUAGACCAACCGCACAGCCCAAUUUCAUUGAACUAUUUCUGGGCAGGAGCAUCGUGUGCGGUUGGUCAAAUUAGGACCUCCAUGUAACUCUUGAACCCCUGAACCGAUCUUGGUGAUAUUUUAAUAUGUUGGUCCGCCAGAUCGGGGCUACCAGGGGAUAUGACUUUUAUGGGGUUCCCCUGGAGUUUGGGGUACUUUCUAAGUUUUAUGGAAAUGUAUGUUUUUUUGAGAGAUAAUUGAGUUCAGUAUAGUGCUUGACUCCAUUAUCUCCCCUGUACAGGGGCAAGAUUAUAUUAUUGUAUGUAGAAGUGUCCUGGACCUGAGAGUGUACUUGCAGAAUGUAUUUUGUCACUGUCCCCUCUCAGGUCCAGUGGGGAAUGCCCCUGGAAUAUGUCAACUGAAACCCUGUGCAUUGUUCACGGCAUAUAAACUAGGCUGCUUGCCUGAAUAAAGCAUUCCUGUUAUACAUUUUAUCUAGUUUAGGGUGGUGUUUGGGUACCUGUCUACUUUGCUGGGAGAAUAUACUUGGAUGCUGUACUUCGUCUGGAGAAACGUUCGAACCAACACCCGAACUGCGAGCUAUAAUCACUCAGGCUCUAGCAGUUUGGGAGAAAAUAGGUGAACAGGUACCUGCAAUACCAGCGUUGGUUACACUGGGUGCCUCCGAGUCAGUGGCAGACCAGCAACAGCAAAUCGCGAUGUCCCAGCGUAUGUGAUCAGAUCCGCCUCACUCCACCUCUUGUGGGUUUUUGAAGUGGAGAGUGAGGGAUCAUUGUUACAUUGUAUCCCUCAAGAGAAUAAAUUGUCUGAAGAGGUUCCAAAUCCACUUUCCAAUGUUCUUUUUUAAAAAUUCACCAUAUCCUUGCUGAUUGAUCGCUGCCAGCAGUGAUCAAAAUAGAGAUCACAGUACUUUACUGUAAUCUAGUUUUAUUUUUACCUUCAGGGGUUAAAUUAGAUUUUUUUUUUUAUUAACCCUAAGGGGUUACAUUUUAAUAUAUUAUUUUAUCAAUUUGUGAUUUAGUUAGUUGGGGUGGGUGGAAUUUAGUGUGAAUUGGGGAAUUUAGUGAUAAGCUAGUUAUUUAGUUAAAGUUUAUUAUGUUUAGAAAGUAUAGCACAGAGGAGGCUUAUGCCCUGUUAGCGGCCGACUCAGAGGCGACAGACACUGCCUCAGAGAGUGACGCAGGGAAUGACGCAGGGGACAGGGACUAUGUGCCAGAUACUGCAGGACCAACAGGAGAAUCGCUGAUUCCCCUGAUGCCGAACAUAGCGCAGAUGACUGGGUACCCCCUAAUAAUUUUUCACCAGACAUUCCAGAUUUCACUGCCAAUCCUGGCACACAGGCUGACCUGUCUGCCUAUAAUGCGCUGGAUUGUAUGCAGCUGUUCUUGAGGGAUGAGAUUUUUGGAAAGAUAGUCACCCAGAGUAAUCUGUACGCUGAGCAGUAUCUGGCACACAAUCAAGAGUCUUUCAUCGCCAGGAAAGACAGAUGGUACCACACCAGUGUGCCAGAGUUGAAACAAUUCUGGGCACUGACAGUGCUAAUGGGGAUGAUUAAAAAGCCCACCAUUAGAAUGUAUUGGUCUAAAAACACCAUUUGCAAUACCCCCAUUUUUUCCCAGAUAAUGAGUAGGCCCAGAUCUGAAGACAUACUGUGAUUUAUGCACUUUCGUUAUAAUACGAACUGUACCCCAAAAGGUCAUCCGCAGUAUGAUCUUCUAUAUAAAAAUCACCCUCCAAUUGCCCACAUUAACAAAAAAAUUGCCACUAUUUAUACAACCCCAAAACAUUUUUCUAUUGAUGACCCCCUCAUGAAGUUUAAGGGAAGACUGGGGUUUAAACCGUACAUCCCAUCCAAAAGAUUUAUGGGAUUAAAUUUUACAAGUUUGUAUAAAAGUGUCAGUGGCUAUGUGUACACCUUCCGUGUAUACGAAGGAAGGGAUAGCCACCUUGAUCCCCCGGUUGCCCAGAUUUAGUAGGGUCAAGUUGGAAAAUUGCCUGGGACCUAAACAUACUGUUACUAAACAAGGGAUAUCACUUGUAUAUAUAUAAUUUUUACAACAGUAUCCCACUUCUAAAAAUGCUGUACUGCAUUGAGAUCGUGGCCUGUGGCACUAUUCGGAAGAGUAUCUAUUCGGCUCUAGCAGAAAAAAAAAUAGAGGGGGAAAAAAAACAGCAGCUCUCUGAACUGCUGGCACUAAAGUACCGCAAUAAAAAGGAGGUGUUCAUCCUAACCACCAUUCAUGGUGAACGCACACGCAAGGUCGCAAUUCGUGGCAGAGAGGAAAUUAAACUGGUGCCAGUCUGCAUACAACAUUACAAUCGGUAUAUGGCGGGAGUCUACCUGUCUGAUCAACUGAUGUAGCCGUAUUUGAUCAUGUGAAAGACCACGGCAUGGUACGCAAAAGUGGGCAUAUAUAUAAUGCAGACGGCAUUCCACAAUGCCUUUGUAAUUUUUAAAAAGGCUAAUGCUGAGCUGAAAUGCAUGUUUCUUACAUUUCAGUUUCAGCUCUUUUCUGGGCUGCUUGAGUGCCACAGAGGGGGACCAUCAGUGGAGCAUUGCAGAAGAAUGGAGGCAGGUCACUUCUGCUUCAGGAUUCCAUCAAUCCCCAAAAAGAAAACCCCCAGAAAAGGUGCAGGGUGUGUUACAAGAGGGUAGUAAGAGCUGUGACCAGUUAUUACUGUCCUGAUUGCCCCUCUCAGUCCGGCCCAUGUAUUGGCCACUGUUUUAAAAUUUUCCAUAGGUAGACCGGUUUUACGGUGUGGUUUUAGUCAUCUGUCUGAUUGUUUGGAUACCGAAUUUUGGCUUUGUGUCCUGUUUAUCCUGUCUUCUCUGAUCCUUGACCUUGGCUUGUCCUAUUGUUGUUUCGUUUCUCUUUACUCCUUUGACCUUGGCUUGUAACUUGACUAUUCUCUGCUUGUAUAGGAUCAGUAUUACAAGUUUCUCUCUCUGUAUUCUCUCUCUUUGUGGUCUGUCUGUGUGUUUUGGUUUCCGGAAUCCAUGCUAGCGUUGCCCGUGAUGCAGAUGACUGGGUACUACCCCCUGAUAAGUUUACAACAACAAAUAGUAUGCAUUAGUAUCAUAAUUUUAAUUGUUGAGCUGCUUAUAUUUAAAAAUAGAUGUGGCCUUUGAGAGGUAAUUUGUACUAAUGAGCUGCUAAAAUGACUUGGGCCCAGCAUCCGCUUUUAAAAAAUAUGAAAUUGGUGUGUCUCAAAUGGGCCCCUUCAACAUCCACGCAUCCCUGAAAAAGGUACACAUGGGGAUAUAUUGUUGUACUAAGACAAAAUAGCUGAGCAAAAUAUUAGGUGUUAUACUGCCGUAGCACGCAUAAGGAUUGCAAAAUAUGCAGUAACUUCUCCAAGUGUGUGUCAAAAAGGCAGAAGAAAUGCUAAUUGCUACUAGACUUGGUACAAACUAGCAGAAAAAUGAUCCUACUGUAAGGUUUAAAAUAUGCCUUUUGAAAUACCCUGGGGCGUGUGGGGGGGCGUGGCUUGGUGCCUGAACUGGAUGGAUGCACGUUGAUGAAGCUCCCGAUAUUCAGGUGCCCAGGAGCAUAAAUAAUUGGUCUACCGAGCAAUAACCAUGUAGAAUGUGUAUCAUGUCACAGAGACAAAAAAGCAAAGCAGCUAAAGCAGAACGAGCAUCUUUCUUCUUAGCACGGACCGCCGGAACAAAACCGCGGAAAGGCCGCAGCACUCCUAAAGAUGACGACACAACUCAAUCCCGAGAAGGAUCCUAUUGCCCCCACCUCACCUAGCUCUAUCUUGGAGGAAAGACCCCUCACGGCAAGCACCAUGCGCCAUAUGCUGGUGGAGCUCACAGAAACCUUACAGGCAAAUAUGAAAACACAGCUGCAGGCACUAGCAUCUGAGCUCCACAAAGACAUCACGGAACUAGGCCAGCGCACGUCUCAAAUCAAACACAAGAUGGAUGAUUUUGCAGAGGCCCACAACAGCUUGGUAGAUAAGGUCCAGGGGUUUGAGACUGCCCUAAACUCCUAUAGGCUUAAGCUAGCAGACCUCGAAGACAGGUCCAGGAACAACAAUAUCCGUAUCCAUGGAAUACUGGAGACAGUUACUCCUACAGAUCUCAACAAUUGCCUGAUGGAUCUGUUCCAGGCCCUCACCCCUGCAAUUCACCCGGACCAGCUGAUUGUAGACAGGGCACACAGGCUCAGACACCCAAAACACCUUCCACUGACAGCCCCAAGGGAUGUUAUAGCCCGAGUUCACUUUUUCCAUGCCAAGGAGCAACUGGUGAGAGCUAGCAGAACUUUGGACACGCCGGACCCCUAUGGGCAGAUAAAGAUAUUUGCGGUCUUGUCUGCAGCAAUGUUACAAUUCCUGUUGUACGUGUUGGCCAUGGAGUCCCUCCUACGGAAUAUCAGAGACCACCCCAACAUAAAGGGUAUAAAGGUGAAAGGAAUAGAAUAUAAAAUCAGCGCCUUUGCCAACAACACUUUGCUAUACAUUUCGGACCCCACUAAAACCCCGCUCAUACUACUCUGAGUACUACAAAAACACAAGCUCUAGGAAUAGGCCUUUCCUCCUCAGUGAUUGACAUCUGUAUACAACUUAUCCCUUUGAAUGGAGACGAGACGAUAUCAAAUACUUAGGGCUACUGUUCUCCAGAAGGACCACUGACCUAAACACGGGUAAUUAUAUCAGGGUCUGAAAUGACUGUAAGUAAAUCCUAGCAAAAUAGGGCCCCCUUUUCCUUACGUGGUCCAAAAGGAUAGUGGCAAUUGAGAUGUUAAUUCUCCCAAGAUUACGUCUUCCAAACCCUACCGCUCUUUGUGACAGUCCUACUUCAUAACGGUCCAAAGAGAUAUAACCACAUUUAUUUGGGCGGGAGGGAGACCCCAAGUAUCCAUGAAACUCCUGAGAGCUCAAGUUAGGGCAGGUGGCCUUGCAGUCCCGGAUGUUCGCACCUACUACUACGCAUCCAUACUAGCAUCAACAAUACCACACUUUGUAGAUCAACCCUCCCUCCCCCCAAUGGGUUAAAAUAGAAAGACAACUGAUGGAACUAUACAAACUCCCCCAUAUGCUAUGGUUCUCUAAGCCCCUCAGACCAUCCCUACAUACGACUCCAGCCCAGAUAUCCUUGCAUACUUGGUGUCUCUUCCAGGCUGCUCUUGCUCUUCACGCCGCAGGACAUGAGAGCACAGAAAGUGAUUCCCAUUCCUCCGGCCCCACCUCUUCCUCUCACUCACUGCACCUCACGGAGGAGACCUAGCAAGCAGAGCAGGAUCGCUACAAGGUCUCACUCAGAAGGUGGGAGGAGGGUCACUGCCGCUGCUCGGGGCAGACGCCCGCCCCCCCCCCCUUUUUUGCUACGCCACUGCAGUCAGUUGUUACAUUUCCCCUAGCUCAGAGGCGUGACAGAAAAAGCAAAAUGACAACGUUUUUAUUGUAAGUUUAUAAAUAUUCAUUACAUACUUUUCAUGCUUUAUUUUAGUUUUUGUAAAAGUGUUUGCUGGUUUAAUUUUUUUUUUUAAAUGUCAAGUGAUACAUCUAGCUUUUUCUUCUUUGGAUGAUUUCGGUUCUUGCUCCCUUUCUCUGCUUAUAACACUUUAAGUAACAACCUUUGUUGGUUUAGUUAAUUUGCUUAUGAGAAAGCACCGUCCUAGGUGUUAAACCUAGAACGUUCCUUAUUUUUUCUUUUCUAUUUGUCCCAUUUUUCACUGUAGCUGUUUGUUUUUUUUUUUUAUGAUAAUCAUGGAUAUUUUACAGCAAGAAAAAUAGAUAUUUUAUUUUUCUGUUAUCAACUGUAUGUGAGUGGACCUGAUUGCUUAAUUUUGCAUAGUUUUUUGCCAGUUUUGAGCUGCGACCAAGUCUAUUUCAGUUUACUAAAGGGUAAGAAAUAUUUAUUUUUGCUGUGCUUUUAUUUUCUUAGUUAAUGUGUACACCUACAAAAAAGAAAAAUGAAUCUGAUCACAAUCAAUGCAUUGCAGGUUAAAAAAAAACUCCUUCUAGUCAGACUGUAAGGUAAAUCUAAAUAUUCUCAUAAUAUAUAUUUACUAACAAUUAGAUUUUCCUGAUCAAAAUAUGGGGGCAUCAUUUUCAAUAGCUCCUCCCAGUAAACAAGACCGGAAACAGAGCUAAACUUUGUGUAAAUAGUGCUAUCCAUUCCUUAUAAGGCAGUCUUUUUUCCCCUCUUCUUUAUAGCAGUUUAUAAGGAGUUUGCGUUAUCCAAAAUGAGAAGAUUGAUCUACACAUUUUGUGUGUUUGUACCUUACAUUAUAAAAUAAAGCUAAUCAGUCUGUUUGCUUUCUUGUUCAUCAUAGGUGACUCGAUGGGAGAGGACAACACCGAAGAUCUUCAAAUGCCUGUUUCUUCAAAUGAUAUUAUAGGUGAAGAUAGUCAUGUCUUUCAUAGCAAUCACGAAUCAAAAUGCUGGGGUAUAAGUAAAAUAAGGAAAAGACCGCACAAAUCUAUAGACAACAUAAGAAGAAAAGUGGAUGAAUGUUUAGAAACAAAUUUAACAGAUGAAAAUAAUGCCACAGAAAAUACACAGCCCGAAUAUGUAUUAUAUCAUAUUAAGGAGGAAUCAGACUCAAGUGAUGAAGGAAAUAGAUCAGACACUGACUUUUAUUCAUCUACAGAACCUCUGCAGUCAGGAAAAUCAGUCUUAUGUGAAGAUAGUAGUUUUACAGAUACUGACUAUAAUGCUGCAGAUUAUACAUCUACAAAAGAUGAAUCAGACCCGUGCGACGAAGAUACAAUAGAAUCUAGAAUUUCUACACCCACAGAACAUCUCAGCGAUGAGAUUAUUACAUUUCCUAUUGGCAAAAACUUUCCUCAUUUAGAGAAUACAUCCCAGCAAGCAACACAUGCCACAGCAAGAAUGUUUAGGUGCAAAGAGUGUCACCAGUGCUUUACUAACAACUCAGAUCUUGUUCAGCACCUAAACUUUCACAAAGAGAACAAAUUGACUUGUUCUGACUGUGGUAAACGAUUCACAUAUAAGGCAGAUCUUGUUCUACAUCAGCGAUAUCACACAGGUGAAAAAUUGUUUGUAUGCCCUGAAUGUGGUAAAUGUUUUACUAAGAAUUCUGUUCUCACCAGUCAUCUAAGGAUCCACACAGGGGAGAAGCCAUUCUCAUGUUCUGUAUGUGGUAAAUCAUUUACUGAAAACUCUGGUCUUGUAAAACAUAAACGCAUUCAUACAGGUGAGAGGCCAUUCACAUGCUCUCACUGUGGAAAAAGUUUUAGCAACAGCUCCAAUCUAAUAAAACAUCAGAGAAUUCACACAGGGGAGAAACCAUUUGCAUGCACUUUAUGUGGAAAAAGGUUUCACCAAAAACCACAGCUUGUAUCACAUCAGAGGAUUCACAUUGGACAAAAGUAAUAUACAUGUUAUAAAUGUGAAGCUGUUUUUUUCUGCAAUAGCUCACAUGCUGUUCCAUGACGUGAGAAUCAUGAAGAGCAGGGGCAAUCUCUUGAUUGGAAUCUAAGAUGCUAUUUUUAUUUUAGAGUACUUGCUUGGCCUGCAUAAAAGCAUGUAUUAAAUAUUAUGUUAAGUUGCUAUCAGUUUUACAGUUUUCUUCUGUUUCCUCAUUUCUGUAGACUGUUUUGAAUUCAGUUAUUUAGCCAGAUUUACUUUUAAUGACUUAUCACCUUGAACUGUAGUUUAAGUUAAUCUUUGUUGUAAGAAUAAAUUGAGUUCUCCACUUACACCAUUUGAUAGGCAUCAGUUUACAGGGGAAUAAUCAUAUUUUCUUGUUGAUAAUAACAGUAUA